AUGUGCGCGACGUCCAGGUGUCAGCCAAAUUCUACACAGACGUGCUUCAGACACCACCCUUUAUUGUCAUGGUGGGAUGGCCAGUCUAACCAGAAAGCCCGUUCGCGAGUUGACAUGGCGUAUUUCUCGCAGGACAACGUGGCCGGUUUCGCCCUCGGCACCACGACUCUUCUACUCUUCAAACUGGGCGGAACAGACGAUGACCGCACCAGACCCGGCGGUAUGAUUCCGAAGCAUGGCCCCACGAAACCGCUUUCCUCUGUUCUCAUGUCGGCCCGGCCGAGUGCCAGUGACGACUUGGUGCCGAAUCUUAGACAGCAUUUCUGCUUUGCCGUUUCCGACCCGGGAGCCGUGAAGCUGUGGGAUGAGAGGCUACAGAAACUCGGCAUAAAGAUCAGGUCAAGAAUGGACUGGCAAGCCGGAGGGAAGAGUGUCUACUUUGAAGAUCCGGAUGGUCAUGUUGGUGAGAUUGGCUCGAGGGGGCUUUGGGCUCAUUAUCCUUUGGAGGAGGACUGA